AUGGAACAUUCCACUAAUCAGAAGACCCAAUACAUGCUACAUGGAAAUAUCACAAAAUUAGAAAUAUAUACAUGGCUGGCCGCAUGCCUGUCGGUCCGCGUCCUCGCAGAGGCCACGACCUGCGCCUCGCCCCUGGACCUGGUUCCUUACCGUGGCGUGCUCCCUGCGGGCGUGGGAGUCAACCCAGCAGCCAGGGACUUGUCCCCUGCUCUCCGCGCCGCCGCUGCCCCCGCCACCGUCACCUUGCAGCUCGCUACGCCUGAGUCUGUGCAGGCACCGGCGCCAGCCCCUGCCCACGUCGACAUGCAGGUCGCUGCCCCCGCGCCAGUGCAGGCCCCGGCGCCAGUCCCCGCGCCCAGGAAGCGCGGGCGCCCUGCCAAGGUAGCUGCACCUGUCGCCGCGCCGGCCUCUUCCGUUGCAGCUCCGCCACCGCCGCCCGGUGCUGUGCCUUCGAAGCGCAGCGCCCGUGUGCGUGACAUGGGCGGGCCCCUGUUCGAGUCCGUGCUGGAGCGCGCAGUCCGGCUCAAGGCGAUGAAGGCUGGCGACGGGCACGCAGCUCCGUCCGCCUCCGUCCCUCCGCCAUUCCGCACCGAUGAGAUCGUUGCCAUGGCCCGUGCUUGCCAGCUUCCCGACAAGGACGUCAGCGACCUUCUGUCCGCGGCCGCGGUGCAGGAAGCUGCCCCAUGA